AUGAUUGAAGGCAGCCCCCAGCAAGAACUCAACCGAGCAUCUUCACUGAAGAUGCACCUACAGCCCAGGUCAGAAGGAAAGGUGAUAAAAGCAGCAUUCCCAGCCCUGCCACGUGUGAAAAGCGAGCACGAGAGAAGGAAACGAGCUCUGGGCCACGGGAGCUACCGACAGGAACAGCGGCAUGUCCAGAGCCACGGGGAACACACGGCAAGCGCGGCCCGGGGAGGGCGGAACACCGCGGAGAUCCCAACUCCUCCGCCGUGCCCCGCUCGAUGCCACCUGCGCGCCCGGCGCAUCGCGACACCUCACGGGACAUCGCACGACUCGCCCGCUCCGUUAACGGCCGCCCAGGCCAGGGUCGUGUGUCCCGUCCCGUCCCACACACACACACACACACACACACCCCCGCAACCCUCCUCGCACCGCCCGCCCCGGGCAAACUUCUCGCUGGGCAGAGCCGGUUCCGCCGUCGGCCGCCGCCCCGGAGCCCCGGCAGGGAGCGAGCGGCGAGAGCGGCCCCGCCAGCCCACGGGAAUCGCCUCCGACGCCGCGACAAACCCUUCCCGUCCCCGCUGCGCGGCCCCCCGGGGCGAGAGCGCACACACACCCCCCCACACACACCCCGCAGCGCACAGACCCGAGCCCGCACCGGCCCCCCGCAACUUCCCCGGCCCGGAGGCCCGGCCCCCGCCCCGCCGCCUUUGUCCUGCCGAGCCGCCGGGGCUCGCCCCGCGGGAGGACCCGCGGCGAAGGAGCCGAGGGACGGGGCUCGGGUGGGCCCGGGCCGGGCUCGGCCUCACGCCGCCGGGACCCGGCAAGUUAACGGCCGCCGCGCGCGCCCAACCGCCGCCCGCACCUGAGGGGGCCCGGCCCGGCCCGGCCCCACCUGCCGCCGAGGCCGCUUCCCCGCGGGGCGCCGCCGCCGGGAGCCCUCCCGGGGCUCCGGAGCCUUCACCCGCGGGCGAGGAGAAAAGUUCCCGGCCUCCCCCCCUCCUCCGCCGGGGCGGCACCUGCUCCCGGCCGCCGGAGCCACGGCGGGCGCAGGGUCCGAGGCGGCGCCGCGGGCUGCUCAGGGCCGGUGUGCGCGGCCGCGUGGGGACUCACCGGGGCUCGCUGCCGUGCCGCGGGGCUGCCGCAGGCCCCGGCUCGGGAGAGAUCCAGCGACGGGAGCGCUGCCGGGGCGCCCGAGUCCCGGGCUCCACGCUGCUGCGUCAGCGCCGCCUCCUCCUCCGCCUCUCCGGCUGCGGGAUGGGGAUGAGGCGCCGCCGCCGCCGCCGCCCGCCCUCGCCGCAGGGCGUCGCGAUCCGGCGCGGCCCGGGCGGGCGGCGCGCAGAGGCCGGGGCGGCGGAGGGGGGGGGGGAGCGGGCGGGCGCCGGGGCCGCAGCCGGAGGGGACGGGGAGGGGGGGAGGCGCCGCUCGCCGCCGCCGCGAAGUCCCCGCAAGCCGCUCGCCCCUCCGGCCUCCUUCCUACUUCCUCGUCCGAAGCCAAUCGCCGCCCGCCGCUCCGCCGCUCGCUCCGCCGCCGCGGCCAAUCGAGAGCGCUCCUGCUCGCCGCCACCGGCCAAUCACCGCGCCUGUCCCCGGUACCGCGGCCGGGCCGGGGGGGGGGGGGCACCGCCGAACCCCCGACCCGCGCGGGCUCCUCCGCGGGAGGCGCGCCCCGUUCCCGCCCGGCAGCGCCGCCCCGGCCGUUCCCCAGCGGCCCCCGAGCCCCCUCGGCACCCCGGAGCCGGCACCGGCCGCCCCCUGCCCGGUCACCGGCGGCCUGCGCGGGCAGGAGCCGCGUCCCCGCGGGGAUCCCGGCGGGGUCCCCGCAACCGCGUCCUUGUGCCCGGGGGCUCUGGGGCGGUGCAGCCCCGGGCUCGACCCCCCGAGCGUCUGAACCCCAAGCAUCAUCCUGCUGUCCCUCCGAGCAUCCGACCCCGACCUCACGACUUCCAAGCAUCCCCGGCAUCCAACCCCCUGAAGAGCCCCGCCUUGACCAUUGUGCCCCCGAGCAUCCUUCCCUUAUCCCCCGCUGCCCCGUCGGUCCCCGGGGACCUCUCCUCGCCCCCCGGUCUGUGUGUGGCACAGCCCUGCUCCGUGCAGCCGUGA